CUGGGCGGCCGCGGCGGCGCCGGCGACUCCCGGCUGCUGCAGGAGCUGCAGGAGCUGCAGGGGCGGCCGAGCCAGCGGCACCAGAUGCAGUACCUGCGGCAGAAAGACAGUAAUGAACUGAAGACGAUCCUUCAAGAGCUAAAGUACAGAAUUGGCGUUCAGUCGGCCAAGUUACUUCGGCAGCUGAAGCAGAAAGAUAGGCUUCUGCAUAAAGUACAGAAGAACUGCGAUAUUGUGACUGCGUGCUUGCAGGCCGUGUCACAGAAGAGAAGAGUUGACACGAAGUUGAAGUUCACUCUUGAGCCAUCUUUAGGUCAAAAUGGUUUUCAGCAGUGGUAUGAUGCUCUCAAGGCAGUUGCCAGACUAUCGACAGGAAUCCCAAAGGAAUGGAGGAGAAAGGUUUGGUUGACCUUGGCAGAUCAUUAUUUGCACAGUAUAGCCAUUGAUUGGGACAAAACCAUGCGCUUCACUUUCAAUGAAAGGAGUAAUCCUGAUGAUGACUCGAUGGGCAUUCAGAUAGUCAAGGAUCUUCACCGCACAGGCUGCAGUUCUUACUGCGGCCAGGAGGCUGAGCAGGACAGGGUUGUGUUGAAACGGGUCUUGCUGGCCUAUGCCCGAUGGAACAAGAAUGUUGGGUACUGCCAAGGUUUUAACAUCCUGGCUGCACUAAUUCUGGAAGUGGUGGAAGGCAACGAAGGGGAUGCACUGAAAAUUAUGAUUUACCUUAUUGAUAAGGUGCUUCCUGAAAGCUAUUUUGUCAAUAAUCUCCGGGCGCUGUCCGUGGAUAUGGCUGUCUUCAGAGACCUCUUGAGACUGAAGCUCCCUGAACUGUCUCAGCACCUGGACACUCUGCAGAGAACUGCCAACAAGGAGAGUGGAGGUGGAUACGAGCCCCCACUGACGAAUGUCUUCACGAUGCAGUGGUUUCUGACUCUGUUUGCUACGUGCCUCCCGAACCACACAGUUUUAAAGAUUUGGGAUUCAGUCUUCUUUGAAGGUUCAGAAAUCAUCCUAAGGGUGUCGCUGGCGAUCUGGGCAAAAUUGGGAGAGCAGAUAGAAUGUUGUGAAACAGCAGAUGAAUUCUAUGGCACCAUGGGGCGCCUCACCCAGGAGAUGCUGGAGAAUGACCUUCUGGAAAGCCAUGAACUCAUGCAAACUGUUUAUUCUAUGGCUCCGUUCCCUUUCCCCCAGCUGGCAGAACUGAGGGAAAAAUACACCUACAACAUUACUCCCUUCCCAGCCACUGUUAAACCCACCUCAGUUUCUGGACGACAUGGUAAGGUCAGAGACAGUGAUGAAGAGAAUGACCCAGAUGAUGAAGAUGCUAUUGCUAAUGCCGUGGGAUGUCUUGGACCUUUCAGUGGGCUCCUGGCGCCUGAACUGCAGAAGUUCCAAAAGCAAAUGAAAGACCCAAACGAAGAGCAGAGCCUGAGAGCUAAUAACAUCGCGGAGCUGAGUCCAGGAGCCAUCAAUUCCUGUCGAGGCGAAUACCACGCCGCUUUUAACAGUAUGAUGAUGGAGCGCAUGACCACAGACAUCAACGCGCUGAAGCGGCAGUAUUCUCGCAUUAAGAAGAAGCAGCAGCAGCAGGUCCAUCAAGUGUACAUCAGAGCAGACAAAGGGCCAGUGACCAGCAUUCUCCCGUCUCAGGUAAACAGCUCUCCAGUUAUAAACCACCUUCUUUUAGGAAAGAAGAUGAAAAUGUCAAACAGGGCUGCCAAGAAUGCUGUCAUCCACAUCCCUGGUCACACAGGAGGCAAAAUAUCUCCUAUCCCCUAUGAGGACCUCAAGACGAAGCUCAACUCUCCGUGGCGAACUCACAUCCGAGUCCACAAAAAGAACAUGACGAGGACCAAGAGUCAGCUGGGCUGCGGGGACACCGUGGGGCUGAUAGAGGAGCAGAAGGAGGCCUGCAAGGCCAGCCCCCGGGGGGCGGCAGAGGUGUUUCCCUCUGGCUGUGCAGCCACAGCCCGAAGAGAAGGUGGUGGCUCCCAGGGCAGCGCAGGGAGGACAAUCGAGGGCCAGUCUCCAGAGCCAGAGUUUGGGGACGCCGAUGCCGAUGUGUCUGCGGUUCAGGUGAAGUUGGAAGCCUUGGAACUGAACCAAGGGGCUGCUGCUGCUGAAACGGAGCCCGGGGUGCACCCGCCCCGCCCGCGGCCCUUCCUGGAGCCCCCGGAGGCACCCGCAGAAAACAAAGCCACCAGCAAACCUCCCCAAGGCAGCCACCCGAAAACUGCCAUCUUUAGCCCCUUUCCCAGUGUAAAGCCCCUGCGGAAGUCAGCCGCCGCCAGGAAUUUGGGAUUGUAUGGACCUACAGAAAGAACCCCGACUGUGCACUUCCCUCACAUGAGCAGGAGCUUCAGCAAGCCCAGCGGUGGGAACAGUGGCACCAAGAAGCGGUGAUGUGGCCCAGAAACUGUGAUGUCUCUCAGAAACUUGGUAUCUAGAUUCGCCUUUUCGUGGUAGUGUGAGGGUUCCAGCUGAAUGGCUCCUAAAGUGUUUCCCUUGUCCAGUGAAAACAAAUAGUCAGGUUCGGAGAUGAGCAGCAGUGUAUAAACAGGGGAACUGGAAGUUGUAUAACGAGAGCAAGAAUAGGGAUGUUUCCGCGUCCGCUGAUAACCGAUACAGUGGAUUCUUGUGGCAAAAUAAAUAUUGUGGUUUUAAAGUGUGAAGUUUUUCCAAGUGUUCAUUGUGAGCUGUUUAGAGACGACGAUGUGUCUAGACUGUUAACCGCUCUUCCUUCCUCCUAUUUGGGGCGCCUUCAGGGUCCCUGUGACAACACCCCCAAACCUUCCAGUUCUCUGGAUGUUGUUAAUACUCAAGCAUGCACACACUAGCUUGCUAGAACAGAAAGUGUAAAAAGAAAGUAAGUUUCUUAGUUGCAAAAAACUUCCCAACUUUCCUCUUGAUGCCCUGUUGGGGGGAAUGUUUGUGUGUGUAAAUUUUCCUGCAGUAGUUUCUUUUAGCCAAUCUCAAAAUUGUUUUUUAUUCUUAUGAUAAAGUGCAGAAGAAAAAUCUAGAUAGCCUUUCUUUCCCUUUCUGUUUCUACCUGUGAAAUGAAGAAGACCUUUCAUCUGUUGAAAUUGAGGUUGAUCGCGGACCUGAAGACCUCACGCAGAGAACACAGAUGGAAAGUGCAUUAAGCGAUUGCUCUGAGCAGUCUGCUGAUUCCACUGAGCUCUCCCCACGGUUCAUUCUCUCCUCAUAAGGAGAGUUUGGUCCUCAGUGGUGGGAUGACGUGACGGGCUCUCCGUGGAGCUUGUCCUGUGUCCUCCGCCACGUAGCUCAUUUACCUACCAGCUCCCACCGCAGAUGCGGCGAGGCCUCUGCUCAAAGCCAGAACAUGGCACCUGCAACUCUGUUACUUGAAUUUGUGCUUUUUUGAUUGGAGUACUUUGUUGAGUACUUUGUUACUUGAACACUGCCCUUCUCUGGAGAAGGCAUUAGUGCUUUCUAGCUCUCUCACCCACUCCUCCCUGGUCCCAGCAGGUCAGAGACAGCACCCUUUAUCUCCACUAUGCAGAUGGGAACUCUGAGCCACACCAGGUGAAGUAGCACUUCAGAUGCUCAAGG